AUGCAGCAGCUGCUGGCCACCGAGCCCCUGAUCCGGGAGUCAGAGGCGUGUCAGGUCGCACUGUCCCAGGGCCACGAUUCGCCCUCCCAGUCCUGGUCCUCAGCUGCCCUCUCGGCCCCACGGCAGCCACGGGUGGUUGGAGGGGACACCCCUGUACCCACUGGGGGCGAGGACCGGCCCCAGCAGGAAGUGCAGCCACCUGACCCCUCUGCCCCUCUCUUCCUGCCAGAGAGGUGGAUGGCGCUCCCGGACUUCCCUGACUACCACAAGUGGGGCUUCUCCCUGGCGGCGCUGAACAACGACGUCUAUGUCACAGGGGGCUCGCGGGGCACCAAGACAGAUGCAUGGGCAACCACCCAGGCCUGGUGCUUCCCGCUGAAGGAGGCUGCCUGGAGGCCCGUGGCGCCCAUGCGGAAGGCCCGCACAAACCACGCCAGCGCCGCGCUCAACGGGGAGAUCUACGCCGUUGGCGGGACUAGAGAGCCCCCGUGCUGGUUUCGGGCCCCAGAGGCCCUGCUCCCCAUCCUGCCCUCGGGAGCUCGCUGUCUGGGGCAAACAAGCCACACCAGGUCUCCCAGCCAGAUGGUGCCACCUGCUGCCCGGGUGUCCUUGGGUGAGCCUCAGGCAGAGUCUCGGCAGCCAGCUCCAGGGGGCCUCCGAGCCACUGAGCCAGACGUGUGGCUGCUGUUGCUGAGUGUGCAGCUGAUUCUGCUGGCCCCGGAUGAGGCCCGUGUGGGCCAGCCAGGCAGCGAGCUGCUUACCAAGGAUGUGGGCUACAGCGGAAUCGAGGAUGUCACCCCCUUCCUGGACUUCUCCUGCGGGGCCAGAAUGCGGAGGCUCCCUGAGGACCUCGCGCGCCCGGGCCGGGAGGGGGCGCAGGGCCGUGACGCGCGGCCGCGGGCGAGGCGGGGGAUUCAAGCGCGUUAUAAGGCGCGGAGCCGGAGAGCGAUUCCGAGACGCCGCGCUCGGAGCCUGGAGAGACCAGCCGUCCGCAUGGCCUGCGCCCGCCGCCUGCUGCUAGUCCACGCGGGCCUGCUGGCAGUCGCCGCGGGUCUCGGCUCCCCGGAGCCCGGCGCGCCCGAGGGGAGCCGCGCAGGCGAGGAGCCACUGCCGGGGAACGAGCUGCCCGCCGGCCCCCGGGACAGCCGCGCGGGGCCGUCCGCCCGCCCGCCGGAGCCUGCCGCAGAGCACGCGCGCAGCAUCGACCCCCGCCGUGCCUGGAUGCUCUUCAUCAGGCAGAGUGACAAGGGCGCCAAUGCCAAGAGGGGGAGCGGAGGCAAGGUCAAGAAGCUGGAGCUCGGCCUGCCUGGGCCUCCAGGGCCUCCUGGUCCCCAGGGUCCCCCCGGCCCUGUCAUCCCACCCGAGGUACUGCAGAAGGAGUUCCAGCUGCUGUUGAAAGGCGCGGUGCGGCAGCGCGAGCGCGCGGAGCCCGGGCCCUGCACGCGCGACCCCGCGGCAGUCGCGGCCACCGCCGGGGAGGACGAGCUGGAGGCGGCGGGCGUGCUGGCGUUGCUGGCCGCGCCCCGGGCCCUGGGCCCGCGGGCGCCGCGCGUCGAGGCUGCCUUCCACUGCCGCCUGCGCCGGGACGCGUGGGUGGAGCGGCGCGCGCUGCACGAGCUCGGCGGCUACUACCUGCCCGACGCCGAGGGCGCCUUCCGCCGCGGGCCGGGCCUGAACCUGACCAGUGGCCAGUACGCGGCGCCCGUCUCCGGCUUCUACGCGCUCGCCGCCACGCUGCACGUGGCGCUAGCCGAGCAGCCGAGACGCGGGCCGCCGCGCCCCCGGGACCGCCUGCGCCUGCUCGUCUGCAUCCAGUCCCGGUGCCAGCGCAACGCCUCCCUGGAGGCUGUCGUGGGCCUGGAGAACAGCAGCGAGCUCUUCACCAUCUCUGUAAAUGGUGUUCUGUACCUGCAGACUGGGCAGUACGCCUCUGUCUUCCUGGACAAUGCCAGCGGCUCCUCCCUCUCAGUGUGCAGUGGCUCCCACUUCAGUGCUGUCCUCCUUGGCGUGUGAGCAGCCACGCCAGGCCCUUCCUCUUGCCCAGCAAACGGGAGCUGGAGUUCAAUCAAUCUUGGCAGUGUUGGAGCAGCCAAGGCCCCACACAGGAGGAAGCUCCUUGGAGCUGCCCAAAUGGCCACCCGCAGCCCAGAUGGCCACUGCCAGCAGUCCAGGCGGGUGACAUGCACACUGGUGGUCCUAGAAACCAGGAGUGACUUCAGGAUGCCAUCUUUGAAAAGUGAAAAAGCCCUAUUGAGCUGUUUAUCCAGGAAAUAUUUCCAGCAACGUUCCGUGUGUCCGGGAGCACAUGCUUUGUCCUGGCUACAGAACCAGCCCCUCCUGGCCCUUGGGAAUGUUGCCCACAGCCUCAGCUGCUUUGCCGUGGCCCCGCCCCGCCUUUCCAUCUUGGUGUGUUCACAGGCUGCUGGGAGCAGCAGCGCAGGGGGAAGGUCUGGUCAGCCUGCCUGGUGUCCCGUGGAGGACGGUGGCCGGCAUGGGGCCAAGGAGCCUCCAGCAAGUGCUGCGAGGCCUGGCCAGUGUGGGCAGCAGCCUUCCCACCCCCACCCCGUUUCUACUGGGGGGCCCCCUGGUGUCAGGUCUGCCAUGACCACGGGACCCCUUGGCCCAGCAGCCUCAGGCCCCAGACAUGGAGGGGCCUCAGUAAUAGCCUGGGCCCGGCUGUUUUCACUGCUGUGUGCAAGUUAAGCCCACAUUCACCUUGCAGUCGCCUUUUCAAGUAGGAGCUGCACUUCCUGUCCUCUGUAAAGCCUUUCAGAGACAAAGUCCCUUUCCCAUCCCCUGGAGGCUGACUCUGCUGGGACCCACCCACCAGAUGGAAAGAUCUAGCACAGCUCUACAGAUCAGAGAUGGCCAGGACCUGCCCACCCCUGCAACAGAUGAAGGAGAGGCUUCUACAAGCUGGUAGUUCCAGUGCCCACCGCUGGCUUUGCUGGGUCGGCUCUGGGGUUCUCCCAAACCUCUUACCUACUUAUGUGGAAAUGCAGCCCAAGUCCAGCCAGGUGGAGGUGAUUAAGAGCUGUUCUUGGCAAGGCUGGGUACCACUGCUGUAGCGAUGAUGGAGGCGGGGUGUUCCUGUCAGCCUGCAGCCCAGACCCCCCACCGCCUGCUGAGGAAGUCACCCCAACCCCCAUCUCUACCCGCACCAUGGGUUACAGGGACCUGGUGCCACUGCCUGGGGGUCCCAGCCAGUCUUAGCAAGGAUGUUCAGGCCCGAAAGGGAAAGGGGCAAUGGCUGCAGGCACUUUAACUUUCCAGCAGGCCUCAGGAUUAAGUGACUGCAGCCUGGCCUGAGUGACCCCCAGGAGCCCAACGCUUCCAUCCCCUCACUCAGCAUCAAACACCUCCCUCCCAGCCAGGGGCUCCCAAACACAAUAUACACCCAGCCACUCUAUGCCUUUUGGCAGGCCUGGUGGGAUUCUCGGUAGGACUUGUGCCCGCCCUACCAGGAAGCCUCGCUGGCCUAUGUCCAGCUUCCCCACGCGCUUUGAUAAGGGGGGUGGGGCCACACCCUUUUCUGGAUUUCACUUUGUAUCCAGCCGGCACAGGUAUUUCAGAGAAGUUAUCUUUUACCCUUAAGGAAGCCAUAGAUAUUUUUCCUCUUCUCAACAUAUAUGUACAGCAUACAGCAAUCUAUUGAAGUAUUUACUGCAUGAUACUGCCAAGUGGAUGUAUUUAUAUAUAUCUGACUUUAUAAGGUGGUUCAAGUACUUAAGAAUUGUGUUACGUGAUUUACACAAGGUUAUAAAAACGGGAAAUCUUAAAAUACCGAAUCUUAGUCAUUAAGGCCAGGCCCACUGAGGCUAGUCUGGAUCCCAUGGAGGCACAGGGAGGGGGGUCUGGCCAGGGAGACCAGUGCCAGGCCUCCCCAGCACAGGCACAGUGGCGCUUGGGAAUCAGGGGCCUGAGGGUUGCAGACUGACACCCUGUCUGCUACAGGGUGAUGUUUACUGAAUAAGCUAUUUCCUGAGGCGCUGAGGCCCCUUUCAGUGCUGUACUGUCCUGAGCAGAACUGGAACCUGGUUCUUAGCUCUCCAGGGAAGGGCGUGCUCGAAAAGUCCCCCAGGGCACUUGUAGCAGGGACACCAGUCCCACUAAGCUGAAACGGUGAUAAGACUUGUGACUUGUGCCAGUGCUGGGCAGGGAGCCAGUACAAAACAGCUGCUUCAAAUGCAAAUUUCCAGGAUCUUACAUCAUCCCCUGCUAGAAAACAACUACAGCAAUAAUGACCACCUGUUUUUUUAACAUACGAACAAACACUUGAAAAGUAUUUUAAAGCUUGUUCUGUGUAGGCUCGCCAUGGGAUUUUUAAUGUCUUUCACAGAAGGGUCAUCCUUUGAGGUGUUGCAAAGAUCAACAUCCGCCAGCAGAGAGCCCCCUGAACACACAUUUCUAAGACAGGGAGCAGGCUUUAGAGGCCGGACUCAGCAGCAGCUUGACUGCUGAACGGCGGGGGGGCGGGGGGACCGGGAUCCAGAUGUGGGGCCUGCAGCUGGACUGUACCCAUUAAUGGCAUCAGAAAUAAGUGGGACUCAGUGCUAUGUUCAGAGGGCCUGUUGGGGGCAGGUUAUGCUCCCAAGUAACAGCCUGGCCUAUAAGCCUGGGAUCAUACAGGGUGUUUACAAGGUGUGAACACCAAGACUUUCAUAUGGAGAACAGGAAAGCCCUGAGUCUGCCCUCUGGGCCAGUCAUCACCUAACCUCCUCACUGUGAAGUGCCACUUCCCCAGCCAGGGUCAGCACGGGGAUGGAGCAGCCCAGGUGCAGUGCCCGUGAAUGACAGACUGCCACUUGGCCGCAGCUUGUGGGUUAUUAUGACAAGUCAACAGCCCAAGAUGCCUAGAAUGGUUUAAAUGAGGGAAGAC